AGUGAGUUGUAAUUUGGAGAGGAACAUGAUCGUCUCAAUUCAAUUUAUAAACCAAUGCAUUUCUUCACUUUCCUUCGCCUAUAUCCCACCCACACUCCAACUCAAUAUGCUCUACUUCUCCCUCCUAUUUCUUCUAAUGGCCGCUCACCUUCCCCUCACUUCUCAACAACCACCUCCACCGACAGCCAUUUUCCUCCUCGCUGGACAAAGCAACAUGGCGGGGCGCGGCGGCGUCACCAACAGCACCCUAACGCACCGUCCCACGUGGGACGGCGUUGUUCCUCCCCAGUGCUCCCCCAAUCCUUCCAUCCUCCGCCUCGCCUCCGAUCUCACCUGGGUUGAAGCUCGCGAGCCACUCCACGCCGACAUUGAUUUCCUCAAGACCAACGGGAUUGGGCCUGGAAUGCCAUUCGCCAACACCAUUCUCAUGGAUAAACCCGCCGGUCGGACGGUCAUCGGUCUUGUCCCGUGCGCGAUGGGCGGGACUUCGAUUCAACAGUGGCAAAAGGGGUCCAAUCUGUACACCCAUUUAUUGACCCGAGCCGAAGCGUCGAUACUCAGCGGAGGCACAAUUAAAGCGCUUCUGUGGUAUCAGGGUGAAAGUGAUACAGUGAAUGCAGAAGAUUCCGAGUUGUAUGGUGGGAGAUUGAACAAGUUUUUCACUGACAUUCGCUCCGAUCUAAACAUCCCAUUCCUCCCAAUUAUUCAGGUGGGGAUUGCAUCAGGAGAGGGGCCGUAUAAGGAAGGAGUGAGAAGGGGGCAAUUAGGAAUUGAGGUAAUGAACGUGAUGACUGUGGACGCAUACGCAUUGGGCUUGUCGUUUGAACCAGAUGGGCUUCACUUAAAUACCCCUUCUCAAGUUAAACUGGGUGGAGUCUUGGCUGAUGCAUACCGCCGGUUUCCACCCCACCCACUGGCUGCUAGCCCAUUAAGAAGCGCUGCUUCCACGGCAUCAGUUCACAGUUUCUUUAUUUCCAUGUUUAGGACUUUGACCUUCGUGUUGCUUCACCAAAUCCUUUUGUCGUGACAGUGAAGUCCACAACAUUACAUGCAAUUAUCAUUAAUGAUGAUUCAAAGCCUCCGGUGGCUGGCUUUUUAAUUGGCCACCCA